CUCAUUUACCCAUUGAGCACAAUCCAAGCCGCCAUCCCUCAAUACAACGGCUGGAUCCCUUGAUGAGUCGAUAUAUAUUUGCAAGUUAAAGUUCGCUUCCGCAAUGAUGCUCAGCGCAGCAGCAGCGCGCCGCACAAGCUGCGCCUUUCCUCGCAACUCCCGGACACCCGCAACACUACCAUCAAGAACUAUCGCAUUCUCCUACCGGCGACCAUUGCAACACCUGCCUAAACCACAGCCUUCGAAUCGAUAUAAUCAAUUUCGGUCACCAUUUCCUGCCCUCCCCCGCCAUGUCCUUGCUUUCCCGCCACAAACGCGAUCGCUCUCCUACUUUCAGCGCACCCGACUCGGCCUACGACAAGCAUCUAAGGGUAUAUGGCGCAAGUACCCUGUCCUUCUGCCAUUCGCAAUCCUUGGCGUCGUUGGCUCUACAUUGUUUUUCGCAUACAUCGUCUACAUUGAGGUGACGCACAACGCGCCCCAGUAUCACAAGUUCCCCCCCGAGGUUGUAAAGCCUCUACGCCAGGCAGUAUACUACACAGAUGUGGUUCUCCAACCGCAAACCGCGAUGAAGUAUUACAAAGAGGCUCUGAAGGCUGCGGCACAAGUAGGCUUGCACCCGUUCUCUGACGAAGUGUUGGGGAUAAAACUGCAAGUGGCGGACAUGUUGGAAAGGUCAGGGAACGUGGUGCCGGCUGUCAAGGUGCUGGAAAAUACGAAAAAGGAGAUUUUGCAGUAUGUUGAAUUCGGGCGGAAAAGAGCAGCGGAACAGAAGAAAGCACAAGAUGAGCACAAGAAGAAGUUCGAGAAUGAGUCAAAACAGAGGCACGCUCAAACAGACAUUAAACUCGAGAUUGACAAUCCCGAUUUCAUCGAUACGUACGAGCAGAUGAAAGCAAUGGACGAAUACGACCAACAACAGCAAGACAAGGCUAUGAAAAAAGCCGUUGGGAUCUCACUAAAGCUUGGGCAACUCUACGCCAGCGACCACAUCCAGGAUCUUAAAAAAUCCGAGGCUGCCCACGAAUCCGCCAUUGAGCUGAGCAUGAACGAGCUCAAAUACCGACAAAGCACUGGUCUUCCCCUCAGCAACCCCAACCCGAACGCCGAAAAUGAACUAACACCGUGGUUGACCCGGCGAGAUGCUGCAAUGGCUCUUACCAAUUUGGCCCAAACUUACGGAGAAUUGGACAAGCACGACUUGGCCCUCCCGGUCUUCCUGCGUGCUUUAGAACUACUCCGCGAAGAUGAAGGCCCAAAACCGACCGCUUUUCAGUUCUACCUGCUAGGCAUUAUUGCGUCCACACUCAACGUUCAAUCGCUGAAGCCUCUUCGAGCGGACGAUCCCGAUGCCGCGCGCAAUCAUCUAGUUGGCCAUGCCAGGGAAUGGGCAAUGACUGCUAAUAAAAUAAUGGACAAGAUUCCCGACAAUGAGAAAGACGAGUCAUAUCUCUUGGGGUGUAUAUCUGUUAAGAACACCCUAGGUCAGCUUGCUGAGCGGCAGGGCGAGCUGGAAGAGGCGGAAAAGUACUACAGGGAAGCAAUUGAUACUGCUAAGGUUUAUGCCAGUCACUCGACAAUGGUUGACCCACGACAUGAGGAGGUGGUUGAUGAUUUAAGAGCAGCUGUGGAAAGAGUAUCGAAGAGAUAAAGAAAGGUAUGGCUAGCCUUCUAGUGGCUCUUCGCUGGCUGUUGUACUGAGUAGGCUUGUACAAUAAUAUAUAUCCCAUAUCCAGACCAGAGG